AUAGUGGCCGAUAGUUGAUUGCGAUGAAAUACUGCGUUUCAGAUUUAAUGAUAACAAAAAUCAUUACUCAACCCACGGCUGGUCCGUUGUCUGUACUCUGUGUUAGUGAGUUUGUUUAGUUUGUUGUGCAAUCUGAUUAAUUUACGUUAUUCGUUUUCCCGUUGUCUCCGUCUGAAGGUGUUUUUCGUCGUUGAAGUAAGUUUUUUAUCGACACACAUAACGCUAUUUGGGUACUUGGAAUACAUUGUAGUAUUAUUUAGAACGGUAUUGAUGUUCAUUGUUCGUUGUCCGAUAAUUCGAACAUCUAAUUUACAUAAUUGCACACUUUAUGGUGACCCGACGUUCGACACCACCUUAGUAAUCGGAACACGUUUUUAUUACCUAACCUUAAUAGUUUACCUAGGUUCUUACGUUUCGCAUUUUAUUAAUUACCGACGAUCUCAACAUUAAAGGAGUAGUAAUAUCAAUAUCUGAUGACAAUAUUGUUUGUCUAUAAUAGCCUUAUAACAUUAUCAUAACGCGACGAUGUUUACUUGAAAAUCGGACACUGCAUAACGAUGAAUGUUACGUCCAUAUAAAUGCAUUGUUUUUUUUGGUUUCGAGCUUGAUUCUGGCUCUCAUAUUGAAAAUUGUGGUGACCGAAUAGUUAUUUUCAGUUCUGUUGAAAAUGUUUGUUUGCGUUACUAGUUUGCUGUUUUCUAGAAACAACAUUCAAUGAUUCUAGUCUAUUUUGUACUCUUAAUUGACCUAUGGUGUUGUUGUGAAUAUAUACACAGCUGACGACUCACCAAUUUAAACGUGUUCAGUGUAAGAACAGUCAUUUUGCAUCAGUUUGUUCAUUUCAGGUUUUAUAUUAAAUACACACUCUCUGUGUGACUUGGAACACUCUCUUUAGCUAAACAUAAGCGCUCACUUUAUUAAAAGUGCUCUACAAUAUCAAAUUCUGUUCAUGGAUCGUUAAAUAUUCUAAUUUUUUCUUAUAAUACUAAUGGUAUUGAAAAUUAGCUGCUAUGAAUGUUAAUUGCUAAUAUUAAUCUACAGUGCAGUUAAGGUUUAUUUGAUUACUUUUAUUUACUGUUACUUAUUAUAUUAGCAUUGCCUUUUUCAUAUUUUUCUUAUUUUAUCAUUAUAUUUUUAAGAGGUGCACGCCCAUAUAGUAUAUACCUAAUAAAAUAAAACAAUGUAUAUUCACUUCUUACUACGAUUGUUUACUGAAUCAAUUACAUAACCAAACAAUAUUACUUCUCUCAUUAGUCCAACUUUAACUAUAACUUUUAUAAAAAAAAAAAAAAAUUAAGGUUUAGAAUGAUUAGAAAAUUAUUUGUGAAAAUUAACAUUUAUUUCUAAAACCAUAUUAGCUUUGUUCAUUUCAACAAAAAAAAUACAUUUUUCAGUUUUUUAUAUACACUGUGUAGAUUUGAUUAUGUGACACCUACACAUUGAGUGUAUUCAUUACCAAAAGUAUACCUUUUUUUUUUUUUUUUAACAAAUAUAGUUAUUUGAUUUUGUCAAAUACACUCUGAUAUUAAACAUAGAUUUUUAGAAUUAUUAUAGCAUUAACAAUUCUAAAAAAAGUGUCGUAGCAAGUCUAUAAUUAUGUUUAUCAUUCAUUCAAAAACAUUUUUCAUUUAGUAUAAUAUGGGCUUCAAAAUUUUAUUUUUUAGUAGUAGCAAAAUAACUUACUUAUCUUUAAAAGAAUUAUUGAACAUUAAAUUAGUUAUAGGUAUCUUCUUAAGUUUUUAGGAAUAAAUAUUAUAUUUUAUUUAGUUCUAUAAUUAAAUUAUUUUCCUCAAAACCAAAAAUUAAAUUUUUAAUAUUGAAUAAAGCAAUUUCAAUGCAUUUAUCAAAAAGAGUACAUUUUAUUAAAAUUCCAAAUAUUUGAAAUUAGCUAAUAAUUAUGAAUCAAUCAUUUAUUAUUUUUAUAAUACAGUAGAUCAAUACAACGAGAUCGGUCAUAGUGGGAGUCACAAUGAAAACAUGAAAUAACAACUGUAUGUGAGCAUACCUAUAUAUUAUUAAUUAUUUUUAUAGGUGUAUACAAUUAAUAUUUAGUUGAAAGGUCUGUGACCUGUUUUUUGUUUUAAAAUAUGCUUUAUAAGAAAUACACAUGCCUUGUAGAGUGAACUGAUUUUAAUAGUAUUUUUCUUGUUGAAAAAAAGACUGUAGACAGAGUUCCAGGGCUUAUUCUAAGGAUUUUUUUCAUUUAAUUAAUGAUUUAACUUAAAUAAGCCUCACCUAUAGAAAAAGAACCAUGAUCUCAAAAUGUAAUAUCAAAUUAUAGAUAGAAAUGGUAAUGUUAUUUGCUUUUUGGUAUAAUAUUUUAAAAUUUAACCUUUAGUUAGAAAUAAAACAAUAAACAUACGUGUUUAAAAUAAAUUAUUUUAAUUUAUAAUAUCAUCUUUACUUUUUCAUAAUAAUUUUAUACAUAAUGUUUUAAAACAUUAUAUUUUCAGUUUACUCAUCUAAAGAUUUUAUUUUUGUUGGUCCCAUAGAAAUCCCAUUGAACCAAUUUUGUUCUUUAGCUUUAGGUAUGUCUUUGAUGGGUCAUUCAUUUUGGUUUAACCUUAAGUAACUAUAUUGCUGGUUUGGGUUCCAAUUUUGAAUAGUAGGCUUGAUUAAUUGAAUAAAAACAUAUUCAUUUACUGUUUCUAUAUUUAAACCUUGCCGAUUAUUUAAUUUAAGAAUAUUGCUUCAGCACUAGGGGCAGUAUUAUAAAAUGUAAUAUAUAUUACCAGAAUAAUAUUCGGUAUGAAAAUGUAUUUUAUUUUCAUAUAAUAAUAUUUUUUUAGAGGUAUAAAAUACCUAUAAUGAUGAUAACACUGUCAAACUCAUAUUAUCAUCUGUUGACCACUGAAUGCAAAUAUACACAAUUAUAUACUUGAUGUAGAUCUUCUCUAUAUUAUGACUAUAUACUAGAUGCCCGACUCAUGCCCAUACUUGAAGCCAAUAGUCAUAAUGUCAAUUGGGCAAUGUUUACAAGCCGAUGUUGUCAAUCUUAAUGAUAACUAAUAAAAUUAUAAUAAUAUAAAAUAUAUUGAUAUUAUAUUAUUAUUUUCUAUGUUAAAAUAGUAUUUAAAUUUUAAAUUAAAUGUGGACUGUAUUGUAUUUAAAACUUAAUUUCUGAUGAUUUGUAAUUAUGUUGUUAUAAUAAUAUUGAUAACCGAUUGUAAAAAUUGCCCAACCUACUUGGCUUCUAAAAACCAUACACUGUAAAAUAUAGAUAAAUAUAUGUAUAUCUGUGUCACUGAACCAUGGUGUUAUGAUCUUUAUUAAGCCUAUAUUAUAAAGUACUUAAUUCAUAUUAUCGAAAUUUGGAGUGUUGUGCAUUCAGUAUUAUCUAUAACCACAGUAUCUACUAUAGCCAUCAAAGUGAAUUCAUAUUAAUUAAUCCACCUUCAUAGACAUAUUACCUAUAUUAAUAUUUAAUGUCUAUAGUUAUUACCUAACCUUUGCUACUAAUUUUAUUCAAUUACAUUUUUAUUUACAAGCUAUUGAUAAUAUACAUAUUUAAUACCUAUUUUAAAUUGCAUUGUUUAAUUAUAAGCUUUUUUUUUUCAUUUGUGUCACCUAAAUAAAUAAAUAAAUAAAUAAAUAAAUAAAUAAUAAAACAAAUUUAAAUUAUAAAACCAAAAAUUAUGUAUCCUCAAAUUAUUGAACUCCAAAAUACAAAGUGUAAAUUAUGCUCUAGAAUAUCUCAUAGUGAAUGUCCGAUUGAAAUUGGUUUAGCAGUUUCUUAAAUUAGCCUAACUCUUUAGUGUUAUUUAUAUCAUUAUAUCUAUAGACUAUCUGGCGUUACUUGGAUUCACCCAGGUGAUGAUUCAAUAAUUUUUCCAUAAUGAUAUUUUAAAAUUAUUGUGAUUUUAGAUUUUGAGCAAAAUGAGGAAUGUAUUGAUUUCUUUUUUGUGUUUGUAUAUAGUUUUUUUACCAAAAAUCAUACUCUAAUCGAACAAUUUAUAGGAACUUUCUUGUAGAAUUUUUGAUCUAAUUAGAGCAUUAGAAGGUCAUUUUUUAAUUUCCCUUGUAGUUUUUUUAAUACUUUGGGAAAACUGGUAAUUAUUGUUGAUUCCUUGGUUACUUAGGCAACAAAGAAACUAAUAAGAUAAUCUAGAUUUUAAGAAAACAAUUCAAUUUUCAUAUUAUACCAAAAAUCGUGUCUAUCCACAUCCAUGUACACAUGUUAAAAAUCCUGUGUAUGAUGAAUUUGAUUGCGGAUCAACUACAGACAUACAAAUACUUUAUUAUGUUAUAAUAAAUUAUCUAUGUAAAAUUCACAUCACAUAAUAUAAAUCACCAUAUUUAUUUAUUAUUUUUAAUAUUUGUUUUCAUUUUUCAAUACAGAUUUAUUUUUAUUGAAAAUAAGAAGCCAUGUCAACUCCUGCUAGGCGUAGAUUGAUGCGAGAUUUCAAAAAAUUGCAAGAAGAUCCCCCAGUUGGUAUCAGUGGAACUCCAACAGAUAAUAAUAUUAUGUUGUGGAAAGCUGUUAUAUUUGGGCCUCAUGAUACUCCUUUCGAGGAUGGCACAUUCAAAUUGACAAUUGAAUUUACUGAAGAGUACCCUAACAAGCCGCCAACUGUGAGAUUUAUAUCCAAGAUGUUCCAUCCAAAUGUUUAUGCAGAUGGAGGUAUUUGCCUUGAUAUAUUGCAAAACCGUUGGAGUCCUACAUAUGAUGUUGCUGCAAUCUUAACAUCUAUUCAGUCUCUUCUUAGUGAUCCUAAUCCUAACUCUCCGGCUAAUUCUUUGGCUGCUCAAUUGUACAAGGAAAACCGUAGAGAGUAUGAAAAACGAGUUAAAACAUGCGUUGAGCAGAGUUUUAUUGACUAAAAAAGAAAGAUAUUUACUAGUCUUAAAAAAAAAAAUAAUAAUUCAGUCUUGAGUAUAUUGAUUGGUUUUAAUAUUUAGUUUUUUAAAAUUUUAUUCCAGUGACAAAAAUUCUUUUUUCUUAUUUUGUUUUUACAUAGACUAUUGUCUUAGGUUUAUUAUUAUAAUUUUUUUUUGCUAAUGAGAUAUACCUUAAUGCAUUAUGCAUAUUUAUAUUAUUUAUGUAGACACAAGUGAAAUUAAAAAUUUGUUAUUAUUAAGAAAUAUUAAUUAUAGUAGUAACCUUAUAAAUAUGAUUUGUGUAAGUUCCCAAUGUCUUUUUUAUUUGUAUUUUUUUUAAGUUUAACUAUCUUGCAACAGUUUAUAUAUUCAAAUUUUAAGUUAUGUUUAAUUUUAUAAUUUUUAUCAUUAUUUUUUCAUGCUUGUGUCAUAAAAUUUAUUCGAUUAGAAUUUGGUAAUUAAUUGAUUUUUCAGUUGAACCUUACGUUUAUAAAUAAUAUCUAAUACAUCAUAGACGCUACUAUUGAAUAUUUCAAGAAUUAUAUGUAAUUAGUCUUAGUGUAAGAUCUAAAUCAUUUGUAACCAUUAACUUGAUUCAAGUAUGAAAAUAAAACAUAAAAAUAUUGUUAAAGUGUAUACCAUUAUAUUUAUAAUUAUUUAUUAUUUAUUUGUUCAGAGGACAUGAUACUAUCAUUUACUGUCUGUGGUAUCUAACAGGCAAUCAUAGCGAAAUUGUGUAUUCAUACUUCCAACAGUAUUUAUACUCUUAAUGGACUUAAAAUAAAAAUUAUUUCACCAAAUCAAAGAUAACAAUAUUUACCAAUUCUUCAUAGAG